UGUAGAAUAACAAGUCUUGUUAUUACUUUUUCUUUUCAAAAAAAGAAUUGACCUCUUCUUUUCUUUUCUGAUACCCCUACUUUUAUUAUAAAGUCGUCUUUUUUAUCUCACCAUAAUUAUCGAAACCUCAUCUCGUAUACCAUUACAAAAAAAAAAAGAAACGUCAUCAUCAAUGUUAUCACCAACAUUUGAUCUUGCGCAAUACCCAACCAUCGAUACUAUCCGGUUACUGGCUUCAUUAUUGGAACGAAUGACCAAUGCAAACGAUCAAUUAAACAAGGCUCAAAGAAAAGGUACCAAUGAUAUGCGUCGAUCUUGUUCAGCUUCACCUCUUGUUUCAUCCACCACAACCAAUACUACUUUUACUUUAUUCCAUGCAAGGUCCAUUCCGUCUAUUGAUAUUUACUCUUAUUUAUCUCGUAUCUUGAAAUAUUGUCCUUGUGCAAAUGAAUGUUUUUUAUCUCUAUUGGUUUACUUUGAUCGUAUGUCCAAGAAUACGUUAGCUACUACUGGACAACCUUUUACUAUUGAUUCUUACAAUAUUCAUCGAUUGAUUAUUUCUGGUGUCAUGGUUUCUAGUAAAUUUUUUAGUGAUAUUUUUUAUACUAAUACUCGAUAUGCCAAGGUGGGUGGAUUACCAGUUUCAGAACUCAAUCGACUCGAAUUGGAAUUUUUACAAUUGAACAGUUUUAAUAUAUCGGUAUCUAUUAAUGAAUUACAACGCUAUGGGGAUCAGUUACUCAAAGUUGGAUUGAUGGAACAAGAAAUGAGAAUGCUCUGUGAUCCCUCAUCUUAUACCGUUCGUCAUGGACGAUCGACCUCACUUGGUUCCACAGCAUUAGUACGAACUUUGGAUGGUUUCGAAGGAUACAAACAACGCAAAAGUCUAGAUACUACACCCUUGAUCGAUGGUACAGGCAAAUUAUGUUUGGAGGACAAUGUGAAAGAAUCAAAACGGCACAGUGGAAGCAGUAUUACCAAACAAAAAGAUUUGUAUACAUAUGCGUCACCAUCUACACCUCCACAAGGUAAAAUGGCAAUGAAUGGUCAAACAAUGCGAAGAAUGGGUAGUAUGGGUAGCUUACAUACAAGUCCUGUGGCAAUGACAGCAACCAAAGAAUCUCAUCAAACAGUAAUGACAACUCCUCCCCUUUAUGUUCAACCUCAACAAAGAUAUCAACGUUAUAGUUUUGUGGAUUCAUCUAUGCAUUCGCCUCCUAUUAUUGCUACUACUAGUAGUAAUCAUCAACUGAAAACACGACAACGUCAUGAAAGUAUGGGACUUUAUGGAAAACCUAAUCCAGAUGGAUGGCGACCUCGACAAACCCGAUCCAGUGUCAACCUUUAUCAACACAAUUCUAUUUGGAAUACUUCUUCUGUAACACCCAUCCUUGAUCCCAACCAUCAUCAUCAUCAACAACCGCAACAACAACAACAACAACAACAAUCAUAUUAUCAGCAAUAUCCUCAAGUUUACACACUUCAACAUUUUCCUUCUGGUGGACGUCGACUCUCAUUGACAUCAGUUCAUGCUCCACCUUUUAUACCCCAACGUCCAGCUUCAGCAGAAUAUUCAAGUACUGGAGGUUUUUAUUAUCCUGUGUCUACUUGUUAUCAACAUCCUAUUGGUAUCCCUACUCCUCCACCUUCCUCUUCUCCUCAUCAAAUCAAAGCUGAUUCCCCUUCUCAUCAGUUGUAUCUAUAAUAUUAUCCCUCUUAUAUUGUUAUUUUAUUUUCUAGUAUUUAUUCUUUAUAUAUUCCCAUCACAUCUUUACCAUUAGUCUAUCCAUAUCAUUUAUUUUAUAUUAACCAUAUCAUUUAUAUCAUAUUAUAUAUAUAUAAAUAUACCGUAGUAGUAUCUUGAUUUUAUCUUUUAUUUCUAAAAAAGACAAAUAAAUAAAUAAAUUAAAAAAAAAUAAUGUUGUAUA